UAGAAACUAUGGUUUCAGCAGGCACUUACCCUGUGGAUAUUUUGGAAGAUGACCCCGAGGGGCAUCAGGAAGCAACAUUGGCUUAUCAUGCCUCACUUAGUGAAGGAGCUCAGACCUCAUCAGAGAUUUUCUCUCUUUCCUCUGGGGAGCAGGUUAAACUUGAAACUUCAUCCGUUUGCUUUUGUUCUCUGCACCGUGAUGAACCUCACCAUAAAAUACUGGUUUUGGUUAAUCCCCAAGACACAAAGACAGUUGUGGCUGUUUACCUAAAGGAAUCCUGGUGGUCCACAGAAGAUGUACUAAGAACCUCUGAUCCCACAAGAGAAGGUCUCGUGAAGGUUCAGUCCUUUGGGGAAAGGAUUGUACUUUUCGUUCUAAAUGUCAUUAUUUUUGGAAGACUGGAGAGAAGUUUGGAUGAUGAUGACAUGUUUUUUUUGCCUCAUUCUGUGAAGGAGCGAGCAAAAAUUCUGUGGAGAAAUGGAGCAGCUGUUGGAUUUUACACAACCAACGUGAAAGGCAGCCUGUGUGGCGAUGGCACUGGYGCAUGUUAUCUGCUGCCUGUCUUCGAUACUGUGUUUGUCAGGAGGAAACAUCGUCGCCAAGGUCUAGGGACAGCCAUGCUGCAGGACUUCUGUGAGACAUUCCGAGAAGAUGAUGCCCUGGGGCUCAGUUGCCCAAUCUCUCCUGCCAUGUACGGAGUCUGUAGGCAGUUCCUGUUGGCCCAUCCGGAGGAGCGAGGCCGCCUGUGGGAGGUGGAGGCCCUGGGAGCCCGGGGCCAGCGUGUCAACAUCUGGCUCAAGGUUCAGCAGCAGGAAAGACUUCCAGAGGAAGCAGAUCUGUGGAGAAGAACUGGAAAAUCUGAAGAACGGUCAAGAUUGUGCAGAGAAUGAAAAGGAAGUUGGACUACCCAUGAGGCCUUGCUGGGCUGAGC